CCCUCGACAAUAUUCUUCUUUACGACCUCCAGCGUUGCGCAACCUCACGAGCAAGAAUGCCUUCCAUCAACAUCAAGUCCUUGUCGUCUUCAUCAACAGCCUCUCCUUCUACCUCGUUGGCUCCAAAACAACACAAUUCGUUGCGACAUCGCGCGUCGAAGUUAUUCAACGAGAUCAUUCUGUCAAAUUCGCGAAGGGUACCUAGACAUAAAACAUCACGUAAAGGUUUCGUUAACCCAAGAGCACUCGACCACUGCAGACUCCCACCCGAACUAUGGAUCCAAAUCAUCCGCGAAGCAACCUUCAUGACCCCCGACCCGCUCAGUACCGCCGAGGACCUGUCUUUCCUCGAGUCGUCUUCCCUCCAGCUCUCGUCAUAUUACGCCGCCAUGCGCUUCAAGACGAACGUUUCACUGGUAUCGAAGCGCUGGAACGCCUUCGUCAAGGUCUUCCUCUUCGAGUUCGUAUGGAUCUCCCGCGCCCAGCAGGCCAAGGCGCUCGCGCACACGCUCCUCAUGGAGUUCGUCGAGGGACGGUCCGCGGCUUCGGGGAGGUUUAUACGGCGGUUACACAUCGAUACACCCGUACUCGAGCGCUGUUCGCCCCAGGACCUCCAUACCAUCCUAGAAUAUUCGCCACAGCUCACGAUUUACACCGACAACCAAUCUAUCCAGCGAAAUCGAUACGACGCCCUCCCCGACCCGCGGUGUUCGCCGGAGAAGCUCCUCUCACUUCUUACUCAUCCUAACUCCGAGCUGCGCCGCCUUUCGUGGACGUCUUACGACGACGUUCCCUUCCAUCUCCGCAUGUCGCCGCUGCAGGAUAUGCCCACCAUGCGACUCGAGUAUCUCGAACUCUCAUCGUGCUCUCCCAAUUUCCACGCCCUCUUUUCCGAUUCGCUGGAGUUGACAUCGCCGUCUGCAGCCAUGAGCGUCCAUCUUCCCGCGCUCCGAAGUCUGAAAGUCAGCCUCGAUAACGGGAUGUUCGCCGUCCUCGCUUCAUGGUCCAUGCCGCACUUACGCAACCUAUCCGUUGUCUCCGCCGACUUCAGCUACACCGGCGCUGGUUUCUACCGGUUCUUUGCGGCCCACGGGAAAUCCCUCCGCCAACUCGAACUAGGCCACUCUUCCUCGCUCAUCGAGGAGCACUAUCUCACCGCGCCACACCACCCCCGACACAGCACGGAGAACAGGUCACUUUCGUUGGCGAGGUGGUGUCCGAACCUACGAGAGUUGAUCUGUUCGGCGGACGCGGAGUGGCACUGGGAGAGUCCGGACUGGAUCGCACCGCAUGUUCUGCUGCCUUCGCAUCCGCGACUCGAAAUGAUCGCCAUCCGUGAUAUCGACGCACGUAUCAUCUCAGCGCUUGACAUGACAUCCAACGCGCCCUCGACGGACGAUACCGCCUUCUUCCCGCUCCUGCAACAGAUAUCCUCGAUCCUCAGUCCCGAAGCGUUCCCUAGCCUAAAGUAUCUGCGGGAUCUGAGCGUGGAGAGCGAUUCGAUGAGGAGGCGGAGGCCGGAGAGGGCUGUGGUGCAGUUUUGGGCGAAGGUGCUGGGGCGUUGUAGGGAGAGGGGUGUUUGGUUGGAGGAUGUGGAGGGAUUUAACGUGACGAUGGGGACUUUGAGGAGGGCUAGGAAAGUCCUGGAUGUGCGGGAGGCGGUGGAGGAGGGGAGGUCGAGGGGGUGAGUGAGUAUUCUCGAACCUUGUUCUUUUUUUUUUCCGUCUUCUCUGCCCUUGGUCGGAUUUCUUGUGGCACCUUUCCUAUUUUCAAUUCUCUGCCUGCAUGAUUUCUUGAUCUGGAGCUUGUUUUAUGGAUGGUCUCGUUCUUAUUCUGCAUCCCAACCCCGUGUGUCCAUGUGUGUCUACUAUAUAUCCUCGGUUUUGUCCGCCCCUUAUCUCAUCCUCUCCGUGUGUCCUUAGCGAAUCCAUUGUGUCCAUCCACCGCGUCUCUAUCCCUCCGUUCUCGUCAUGACCCUGUGCAUCCAUACUUCUCUCCGUCCACCCACUCUCCCCUUUGGAUCGUUUCGCUUCGCUAUCGUUCAUGACCCCGUCUGCAUCCGUCCUUUCCCUUCGUUAUUUAUGGCUCUGCGCGCCCCCUCACUCGCUCAUCUUUUCUUCUUGGUGCGUCAUUGGUGGCGGUGCCACGUUUAUCCCGUCACGAUUGCAUCGUUUAGCAUUCACAUCGCCGUCCAUCGUCUUUUGAUACCCUCCCUCCACCUUCGCCGCACCGCCCACCUCAUCAUACACCGAACGGUUCGGUUCCUCACCCCUUCGCGCCGCUCUUUACCCUGACCCUUACCCUCACUCUUGCUCUCGCCUCGCACCUUGUGUCAUGACUGCAUCGUUUCCUCCCUUCUUUCUGCCUGACUUCCUCUCCCCUUUUGCCUCUGUUUUCCUUCGUUUCCUUUUUUUCUCUGUCGCGUUUCGUCGUUUCUUGUUUCUUGUUUCUCGUUUCUCGUUUGUCGUUUCUCGUUUCUCGUUUCUCGUUUCUCGUUUCUCGUUUCUCGUUUCUCGUUUCUCGUUUCUCGUUUCUCGUUUCUCGUUUCUCGUUUCUCGUUUCUCGUUUCUCGUUUCUCGUCUCGUCUUGUCUCGCAUCGACCUCGUCAUCGUCUGGUUUGUCCAAUGUAUACUACGUCACACAGCACCAACUCAAAAGAGCUAUACAUACAUCGACCAUACACCCAGUCAACCAUCCACCAAUCCAACCAAUCCAACCAACCAAUC